UCUUUGACUUGACUAAUGAUUCGAGAAACUCUACGGAUGUCAAGCACUUUGCCCCUUCUUCUACGAUGGCUGUCCUCCUUCCUAAUAUUCUGUCAAAUCUUUUAUGCAUCUCAAGCUGAUUUAGGAACAGCAAGCCAAUACUGGCCACCAUACACGCCCAGUGCAUGUUUUGGGAGUGAAUCAACACAGUUUCCAUCAAGCAACUUCUUUGCAGCAGCUGGUGAAGGGAUUUGGGAUGAUGGAGCUGCCUGUGGAAGACAGUAUUUGAUAAGUUGCAUUAGCUCUGUUUUGCCCAAAGCUUGUAAAUCAGGAGAGACUAUUCAGAUAAAAAUAGUUGACCGAGCACAGAAUCUAAGUUCUACACCAACAAGACAAGGAACUACCAUGGUCCUUUCAAAUGCUGCUCUUGCUGCUAUUGCUGAUUCAAAUGCCCCUUCUCUUAACAUCGAUUUUCGACAGGUCUAGAAGGAAAAAUCGAGUAUUUUCUUGAGGCGCCGUUUGGACAAAUACUAUGUUGAAGUUGAAAAAAGAUGAGUAUUUAUAGUUGAAAAAGAGCAUUUGGAAGACAAAAUUUUAUUUGGACAUGAAUUUUACUUGGAGAAAAGUUGAAAUUUUCUGAAUUAGUUUUUAAGAAGUUGAAGCUGAAUUGAUUAAAAAAAAUGCAGAGAUAUGUAAUUAGUAUUUCAUUAUUUGCAAAUAAUAUGUAUAUGUUUUCCAGGUUA